AAAAGAGAGAGAGAGCGAAGGUUAUAACGAGACCAAUUCAACACCGCCACAGAAACAAUAAUUUUGUUUGACUUUUUUUUUUUUCUGAGUUUUGACUACAAUAUUGUUAAUUUAUAGCAGAGACUAACUGCACCCUGAAAAAUUCCAAAACCAGAAAGGGCGAUAGGGAUAUCUAUCCGAUGUAAUGACAUAGCAUCAUACCUCAGCAAUCUGAUCAUAGGAUUGGCUGCGGGAAAGACGGAAAAAAAAGGUUAAAGAAAAGCAUUCCUGUGUGUGUCACCCCCUAUGAGUCUAUGACUCUUCCACUGCGUCACCUCUUACGAUACUUCCUCCUCUAAAUGCCUCUCAUUUGAUAAUUUGGAUAGGGCAGUCUGCUGGUAAUAUAAAAUGGGAGUCCGAGAAACAGAAUGGAGGGAGUCAAGAAAUCUCAUUACUACAACUACUCAACCUUAGGUGUUUUGGAUUUGAAGGAUGUUGGAGUUGAUGAUGUUUCCCUAAAAAUUACACACUGUGGAGUUUGUUAUGCCGAUGUUAGCUGGACUAGAAAUGGUCAUGGAGACUCAAGAUAUCCUUUGGUGCCUGGACAUGAAAUUGUUGGAAUUGUUAAAGAGGUUGGUUCCAACGUUCGUGGCUUCAAAGUUGGUGAUCAUGUUGGAGUGGGAACAAUUGUCAACUCCUGCAGAGAUUGUGAGUACUGCAAUGAUGAUAAAGAAAAUUGUUGCAUAAAAGGGUGCGUUUUGACCUUCAAUGGUGUUGAUGUGGAUGGAACCAUCACAAAAGGUGGAUAUUCCAGCUAUGUAGUUGUCCAUGAAAGAUACUGCUUCAAAAUACCCGAUCACUAUCCUCUAGCUUCAGCGGCACCAUUGCUUUGUGCUGGAAUUACUGUUUAUUCGCCAAUGAUGCGCCAUAACAUGAACCAACCUGGCAAAUCUCUUGGUGUUAUCGGGCUUGGUGGUCUUGGUCACAUGGCAGUGAAGUUUGGUAAGGCUUUCGGAUUGAAAGUAAUAGUUUUCAGCACGAGCAUAUCUAAGAAAGAGGAAGCCUUGAAUCUCCUUGGUGCAGACUACUUUGUUAUCUCAUCUGACCAAGAGCAGAUGAAGGCCCUAGCUAAAUCACUGGACUUCAUAGUUGACACAGCAUCUGGUGAUCACCCCUUUGAUCCCUACUUGGGACUCUUGAAAAUUGGUGGGAUUUAUACCCUUGUAGGGUUUCCAAGUGAGAUAAAAUUCAGUCCUGCUAGCCUUAAUCUAGGUUUGAGAUCGGUUUCCGGAAGUAUUACAGGUGGUUCAAAAAUGAUCCAAGAAAUGAUCGAUUUCUGCGGUGUAAACAAAAUUUACCCAAAUAUUGAAGUAAUUCCAAUUGGGUACGUAAAUGAAGCUCUUGAGAGGCUAAUAAAGAGGGAUAUCAAGUACCGGUUUGUGAUUGACAUUGAGAACUCCCUCAAGUGAAAUCCUGGUGGUAAAAUUAAAAUCUUAACCUCAGAUUGCAUGUCGUUUCUCAUGGAUGAAUGGCAUGCAUAAGGUUUGAUGAAGUAUCUGUUCUAGAGCUCAUACCAUGUAAUGUUGAAGCAAUUAUGGUAAAAUAAGCGAAUAGCAGUAUCUUUUUGUUUGAAAGAAAGUUUGAGUGAAAAUGGAUUUGGUCAAGGCUUGUAUCAACAGAAUUUUCAAUGUAACCUUUUCAUUUCAAAGCCCUGGAAAGAUCUUUUUAA